AUGGGACAAAUCUUGCUUUGUUUGCUUAAGUUUUUCAGUGAGUACAUGAUUACUUUCUUUGUUCUUUUAAGUAUCAAAAAAAGAGGUUUUUUUUGUUUUUCCAACAUUCUAGAGACUGAUGACAGUUAAUAAAACAGGAUCAGAUAAUUAAAUUACUGUCAAUGUAUCCUCUGAAUAACCAGUAUUUGUGUGGCAUAUGCAACUAUGUGCAGUCUGUUAAAGUAAAAAGCUUUAAAAUUUAAAAAUUAGUGUUUUUGUUUAUUUUUGAAAUGUUUUCAUUCAUUUCCUAACAUUUCAAAGUUACAAAAUAACAUCAUAUAUAUGAUACCAUUGUUUUAUGAUACUUGACUAAGUUGAAGAUGAAACUUCAGCCUGAUUACAUCUUUCAUUAUUGCCUGGUAAAACAGUAAUCUCUGAUUUUAGUGCUGAAUACGCUCCGCUAUGGACUGGCUCAAGGUAACUUGUUUUCGCUCUUUUUCAAAUUGUUACCGAUAUACAGCUGGAUUUUCUUUUGCAUUCAUCUACUUAUUCUUGAUAAGAAGAUGACUGAAAAGGGUCAAGAAAUCUGAUGUUUGAAUGCAUCGCUUCAUGAUCUCUUCCCAACUCUACUCUAAAUUCAAUAUAAGUUAUAUAAAGCAGGUGGUUCAAAUCGUCUUACUCACUUUAGAUAGUGACAAGUGCCAGCUGCUGUUAAAAGUCACGGAAGUCAAACUUGUUCAUGAUUAUUAAUAUUUUCUUUUGUUUUGAAAAGAUCAUACAGUCUUUGCUUUAAAUUCUUCCUAUGAAAGCUGUUUGUGUUUCUUAAGACCUUCAUGAUACCAAACUCUGUUUUACACUUUUCUUUGAGGCCAUUAAAAAGCAUAAUGAUUGUAUCAUUAAUGUCAAGUUACAUCCAUAUAAUUUUUAGACUUUUCAUGUAGGAUAAUUAGCAUUAGGAUUGUUAAAAGAAGAUUUUGAUGCAAACUAUUCAAUUUUAUGACUGAUUUUUAAAAAUCCUGUUUUGAUACUAAUUGAUUAUAUUCUUGUGUGAACAGAUCACACUGCUCAUGUGACCCUUAAAUCCAACUGGUCUCAGGUAUUCUGGGGUGAGAAGGUCACUCUCAGAUGUGAGGUUGAGGGAAGUGGAGACGCUCAGUGGUCGUAUUAUUGGAAUACUCCCUGGCAAAACACACGUUAUAAACAAAAGGAAUACAUUAUUGACUAUGCCACAAACACUUAUAACGGAGGAUACAGGUGUAAUAGCAGACGGGAGUCCCCUCCACCAUUUAUACAGACAAAGUGGAGUGACGUCUUUCAGCUGACAGUAAUACGUAAGUUGAAUCAUGUUUUCAGUCCAUAAAAUGUUUGAACUGUUUUCCUGUAUUUAAAUUAAACCAUAAACACCUCCAGCUUUUACAAUAAUGAAGGUAUUUGCUGUGAGUUCUGUGACAAGUUUACUUUGGACUUUCACACGAAGACAAAAUAACUUAGUAAGUCAAUUACAUGAUUAUUUCGCUUUUUAAAUAAACUGAAAAAUAUAUAAUACCAUAUAUUAUAUAUUAUAUUAUUAUAAUUUGAUAUGGCGUCUUUGAAGCUCUAUUUUUUUAUAUAAUUAUUAAGAGUCAGUAGUUGAUGGAUGAAAGUCUGCAUGUAUUUUUACAUCAGUAGGUGUCAUGUUUUAAAAACACUGAUGCUUUUUGGUUGAACGAUCAUUUUUAAAGAGCUCCUCUAAAUGUAUUAGAGAGACAUGACCGUUCUUCCUGGAAUUAAACUGAUGUCCAUAAUUGUAUUGUUAUGCCACACUAAGAAUACAUUACAAGUGUAAGUCUCAUAAUUCCAUAAGUAUUUCUUCUUCAUUGGAGCUGUCCUGAAUGAAUCAGAGAACUGAUGAUUAAACUUCUUUGAUUCAAAUUAAACAGCACAAAAACCAAAGGCUGAACUGAGUGCAGACAGCAACUCCUUUCCAAUAGGGGGCACUAUGACUCUGACCUGCAGUGUGAACCCUGCUUCAUCUGGGUGGAAGUUUUUCUGGUACAAAGCAGAGAGAACAUCUGAAGAGCAGGUCACACAAGAGGCCAGUUACAGUGUCUCACGAGGAGGAGAGUACAGGUGCAGAGGAGCGAGAGGAAAUCCUGAUUACUUUACUGAGUACAGUGAAUCCAUCAUUAUCAACACAAUUUGUGAGUUAAUCUUCAGAUAAAGCAUUUUAAAAUCAUGAAUUAAUGUUUUUUUGUGGUAGAAAGCUAACUUUUUUAUAUAUCAUUGUCUUUCAAUGGAAAUCCCUGAUCAUGAACAGCAUCAGAAAGAGCUGCUGUGACUCGAGAACCUGAGUGGUCUGAAAUAUACAGAGGAGAGAGAAUCACCCUCAGAUGUGAAAUAAAGUAUGAAGGAGGUAUUCAGUGGGAUUAUGAAUGGGAGACAACUGGUUGGAAUACAUUUACAAAGCAGAGCACAGAUGCUGUGAUCAGUGGUACUGUUGAGAGUGGUGGGACCUACAAGUGUAAGGGGAGAGUCAAAACUGAUCAGUACACCUCAACAGAAUGGAGUGAUCCACUCACACUGAGAGUAUCAGGUAAGAUGGAGACUUUUUUUGUCGUUAUUGAAGUUGUGUUUUUUUACUUUAAUAAAGUGUCAUGAACAAUCAGGUUAUUUUAAUGGGUUUAUAUGUAACAGUACCUCUGAAAAUUAAUCUUCACAUGUUCUUGUUUUUCAAUCAAACAGCACAAAGACCAAAGGCUGAACUGAGGGCUGAUAACACAAACAUCCCAGCAGGGGGCAGUGUGACCCUGACCUGCUCUGUGACUCCUUCAGCUGGUUGGAAAUACGAGUUUUGGUUCCAGCAGGAUGGAAUGUCCAAACUCCUGACACCAAGUGACAUUAGCUCUGAUGGAGAAAUCCAAGUCUCAGAUGUGGGACUCUAUUGGUGCAGAGGAAUGAGAGGAAAUCCACCUUUUGUCACAGAGGACAAUGAAAGGAUCAGCAUCAACAGGAUCAGUAAGUCUGGAGUUUUUGACAUUUUCAAGUCUGGAUUUGAGGUUAAUUUUAUUUUCCUUCCCUGUGAAUUCUUGAAAUUUAACAGAUGCCAACAAGACUGUCGUGACUCUGAACCCAAACUGGUCUAAAAUCGACUCUGGAGAGACGAUCACUCUGAGAUGUGGCAUGAAAGGUGGAGAAGAUACUGAGUGGGAGUAUGAGUGGAAAACAACCAGCUCCAUCAAACCUGAUAAACAAAAGGAAUACAGAAUACUAUCUGCAUAUUCAGCCCUCAGUGGAGACUAUCAGUGUAGGGGCAGGAAAAAAAGUGACAAGUCUUUGACAGAUUGGAGUGAUCCUGUUACUUUAACAGUAGAACUCUGUAAGUCAUGUUUCUUUCUCUGUUGCUUUAUUGAUAAAAGUUUUAAUUUGUUGUGUUAAAAGUUCAUCUUUGAGGUUAUUUGAUGGUUUCUCAAAAAACUUUUUCCCAACAGUUAAACCAAAGCCUGUCCUGACUGUGUCUCCAUCAUGGCUGAGUCCUGGAGACUCAGUGACUCUGACCUGUGAGGUUGAACACCCAUCAGCAGGAUGGAGGUUCAUCUUUUAUAAAGCUGUUCCUAAACUACCAGGAAACUCCUACAACUUUGAGCUGCUGUCUGGGAGCAUCAAUGGGACUGAAGAGAAUUCUUCCAUUGUUGAUGGUCAGACACACACAGCAGGAUAUGUGUGCAGAGCUGGAAGAGGAGAUCCAGUGUCUUACACUGAAGAAAGUGACCCAAAGUUUGUCUGGUCUAGAGGUCAGUUUGUUUUUGCAUUAAUUUUUUUGAGGAAAUAAUCAUUUUUUUAUUUAAUCAACAAACUGCCCCAUAAGAAGUGAGAGACAUGAUUGAUCCUGACGACUUUAUGAACUUCCCUCCUAAAACAGCAUGAAGUCAAAAAUCCCGCUGUUUGAUUUGAUUUCUGUUUUUAAAACAUUUUCUGUGUUCUCUUUGUUUUUCCAGAUUUUCACCCAUCAGCAUCUCUCAAAGUGAUUCCUGACAGAGUGCAACACCUCCUGUCUGACUCAGUCUCACUGCGCUGUGAGGGAAACUCGACUCAGUGGAGAGUGCGGACUUUUGUGGAGGGAAAAAUUCUGAUAAGCUGCUCUAAUCGGUGGAUAAAUGUUGAGUCUUUCUGCAUAAUCCCCAGUCACAGCUCCACUAACAGUGUGUUCUGGUGUGAGUCUGAAACAGGAGAGUACAGCAACGCUGUCAACAUCACCAAACUGAGUAUGGUUUAUUACAUUUUCUUCUUGUUGAAUUUGAAUUCAUUGAUAGGAUUGUCCUAAAGGUGUAGUUAUUGGCAUUAAAAUACAUGUUGGUUUAUAAGAUCCUGAAGAGACUACUUAGUGGGGUGUCCACAUUAAAAAAAAGAGCAGCUGAUAUUCUUGUUUUGGUGUAUCGUAAUGAAACUGUAAGAUCUAUCCUCUUCAUUCUGUGUCUGUUUACCUGAUCUUUGACUAAAACCUCUUGACUUUGUUUGUUUUACAGGUAACUAUAUCAUCUUGGAGAGUCCUGUCCAUCCUGUGACUGAAGGAAACUCAGUUCGUUUAAGCUGCAACUUGAGAAGCAGCGAUAAGACUUCUCCUGUAUUUUUUUAUCAUAAUGACAAACUCAUUCAGAAAGACACCAGAAGCGAGCUUAACAUCUCAGCAGUGUUGAAGUCUGACGAAGGCUUUUACAAGUGUCAAAUCUCCGGAGAGGAGUCAGCACAGAGUUGGAUGUCAGUUAAAGGUGGGUGACUCUUUUUUUCUAUAAUCAGUUUCUGUCUGAGAGAGUCCAGUAUUUGUGGUAUUGCUACUUUUUUAUAUAUUUUUUAAUUGGUAAAAAUAGUGGUUCUUAAUGUAAAAGACAUGCACUAAUCUAGGGGAUAAUCUUUUUGAGUAGUUGGCGCCUUAUUCUGGACACUCACAACAUACAGUCAAUGAAAAAGAAAUAUAGUGAGGCCCAUUGCUGAUCCUUUUUUAAAUCUCGAUAUAUCAGUCAGUACUAUUUCUCCAGAAAAAAGUUAAAAAAUGUAUCACUUUAAGAAAAUUAAUUUCUAAGUUUUUAUCACUUUUUUUUUUACUCCAGCGGUGCCCGGUUCUGAGAACUCUCCAUUUCAAGUGAUCGUCGUGGUUGUUGGGCUGAUUUGUGGGAUCAUCAUUAUGACUCUCUUGGUUUUCAUUUAUUGCCACAAACGGUUUUGUUGCCUCAGAAGGUUGGUCCAACUCUCUCUUGUGUUAUUUUUAAACAUAACAGCAAAAUAUUCUGUAUUUGAUGUUCCUACACGUGACAUAUUUUGACUCUGUAGCUCAGUCCAGUCUGAAAGCACCAACAAUGACGUUUCCAUGAGUCACGUAGUUGAUCAGAGUGACAAUCAACAGGAUCACUACAGUACUCUACUCCAUGGUGAGCAUGUGAUCUUGAUUUUGUGUACUAAGUCCAGUAUGAAUCCAUUAUAAGUAACUUAAGAAGACUUGGAGACCUUGAAUGAACCACAUAUGUGACUUUGACUUGAUUUUUGCUGCUCUGCAGGUGAUUCUUCUGUCUAUGAAAGACUGAGAGUCUCUGAAAACAUCACAGCUGGUAAAAUAUUGUCUAUUACAGUAUACUGCUGUAUAAGCAUUUUACUUGUUUAAUUUCUUUGCAUGUGCAUUUUGCAAGACAAAUAAUGUUUAAAUGCAAAAAAAAUUGACGAACAAAUGAUUUCUAUUGCUGAAAGGUGACGCUCAUGUCUAUGAAUCAAUUAACGGCUCUGUGGACUAUCAAAAUGGUACAGUAAACGCAUUUGAUUUACAUGCUCUCUAAAAGAAGUAGUUGUAUAUAAACAGUUUACAACAGUGAGGCUAGCUACCAGCCUUUAUUAGAGAGCAUUUUUAAUUAUGAAAACAAGCUUGAUUGUGUUCUUGUUUCUUGUUUCAAACCUACACUUUUUAAAGCUCCUGUGAGAAACUUUUAGUUUGUGUCAGUUUUAGCGCCCCUUGUGACUAAAGCAUUUGUCCUCGACAUGCUUUAGUCGUGUCGUCUGAGAAAAAAAACAAUGAGACCCUGUUGAUUAAGAAAGUCAAAUGUAUUUUCUUUAGAGGUUACACUCAGACUUACCCCCUCAUAGGCAUAAAAAUUACAGUGUAAUUAAUCUUUUUUUUUAAGGUACCAAUUAUUUCAGUAUCAGCUUUUGUGCUCAAGGUUUUAACUUUUUGUGUUUUUCUUCCAGAUCCAGGAAGACGCUGAUUUGAAAACAAAAAAAACUUUCCUCAGGACUGUUUUGUAUUUUGUCUCAGUGUAUCAAACUGUGCUUUUUACAAUUUCAAUGUCAUCCACUUCCUUAAGAUUAAGUGUAAAGGAUAAUAUAAUUAUUGUUUUUUAAUUUAAUUUGAUUGUUUUGUUGAUAUUUGUAUCUUUUCACAUUUUCUACUUUGAUACUGAAGAGUUUAGCUCACCUAUUAAAAUCAACUCAGUUUGUAUUUCUGUCCUGUAAUAUUUUGAACUAAGAAUUAUACCUGUUUUUUUUUUAUGAAAAAUUAUUAUUAUUAAUGUGAGCAUCAUCAGUCACUCCUUAUUGUAUUCAAUGUCCCAUAGAUACUCAAAUUCUAAUAAAUGACAAACUGAUACUGGUUGGUGCUCGUGGCUUUGACUGAGCUGUGAGAAUUAUUUUCUAUUUUUCAUGAUUGUGUUAUUUUAUAUGGCAUUUCUACUCAUACCUACCUUUACUGUUGUGUAAAUAUGAGAUGAAUUACAUGAACAAAUGUGCAUUUAAAUUGAAAUUAAAGCUUAUAUUGUAGUUCUGUCUCCUAUUAACUGCACAGCUUGUCCUCAAAUGAAAUCUAACUUUAUUUAUAUAGCACAUUUCAUGCAAAAAGAAAUGCAACAACCCCCACCGAGACCCCACCCCAGCAUACACAUACGCACGCAUACACAGCCAGGUCAGGAAAUGUCAGAAGGCUGACUGCACUAGAGGCUGCUCACGGCACAGGGCUGUGACACCUUCACCAGGGCGCGCACCCCGUUUCAGGCCAGUAAGGGGCCCACAGCAGCAAGCACUGCUGCAGACCACCACCUGGCCGAGCUGAGUGCACACCCUGAGGCAGAGAAAUCCCAGACAGAGCCAGUCACAGCCCCCAGUGCAGGUGGCCACCACUGAGGAAACACUGGAGAAACGCAAUAAAAACAUAAACUACAUUGGCUAAGAACAUCAAACAUCAAGACUUAAAAAGUAAUAUUCAAAGGUCAGAGCAGCAGUUAUUCCUUUUGUAUACUUCCUGACGUUGUUGUAAGUUACUAUGCUGAUUAUUCUUCGACCGCAGUGACAUGUCACACCUCUGUGAAACACCCCCCACCCUGAGAGCAGAGCUGCUAAUUCAGGAAGUGGUCAGUCAGGCUGUACCAAGUGCCUCCUUUAUGAAAGGGGGGCUGCCAUCAUUUGACUAGAGAUAUUUUUAUACCCUGUAGAAGAUCGAAGUGUUGUGGUGCUAAACUCGUGCUUAAUCAUGACGUGUGAACUUAAAAUCGUGUGGUGAAAAACUGUGGAGUUUGAGCUUACUUUAAAAGAUGAACAGCAACUGCGGUUGUUGGAAACCACCCUAAGUUAUCUGGUCGAUGAUGUCAACAUGCAGAAAUAAGUUACAGCCAGAAAUGAUUAAAAAAAGGAAGAAAGGUUGAAGAGGAAAUGAGACAAGAUCUUGGAUCAGUAUUUGAGAAAGAAAGAGUAAAAAUAUAGCAGAGAAGCUUCUUCUUACUCCCGUGAAUGAAGUCAUUCAUUUAAUCAACAGUUGGUCUUUUUUUUUGUCUCAGGCCGCAAAUCUGUUGAAAACUGUGAAAACUCUUCUAUGAUCUUUGCCAAAAUCUUACUGUGUCUUUACUUUAGAUUAAUUAUUAUCUAGAGCAGCUCAAGCAGCAGUUAUAGUGAUAUCUGACUACUUUAAGUCCCUUUCAGACCUCCACAUGUAGACAGGUACAUAAUGGAUCCCAGACAGAUUAGAAAUUUAAACUGCUAACUUUUUUAUGAACACAUGUGGUCCUCUUGUUCAAAGACAUAUUAUUACCAAAGUUUUUCUUACUAAGUUUAAAGAAGAGCAUAAAAGUUUUUAUUUUGGUGCAUGUGUGAAAUUAUUCAUAUCUGUGACGCACACAUUUCAAAAACAAAGUUCAGACAUUGAGCACAGCAUGUACCAGCAAACACUCGAUCAAUAGGUUAUUAACAUAAGAUAAAAUGGUCACAGGAUUUGUUAUUAUGCAUUAAUUGUUGUUUUUCUUCCAAGAGUAACCUUUUUUUCCCUCCAGACCGUCUUUUUCAUUCAGCAGCACACGGGAAGUACAAACGCAACAGAUUUGCCACGGUUUGAGCUGCAGCUCAGGCUCGGUGUGAAAAGGGAAGGAAGAAGAGAGGAAGGAGAAGCUUCUGAGAAAUUUUGGUUCGCACAGUUUGAAGAAGAGUAUCAUGUCUUUCUUCUCUUUUUCUGUCGCGUUAUUAUUAAUUCAAAGUGGACGUUUAGUGUAGAAGGAAAGCAGUAGGGUGUUGGAGGCCGUUGUGGAUGCGAGGAUGAGUCAAACCUUACGCUGUGUGCUGAGCUUUUUCAGUGAGUAGAUAAUUACUUUUCUCUUUUGUGACUUUCAGAGGGAGAGUCAUGUUUCUGUGAACAAGGUGGUGUUUGGGGAAGGAAAUUCACUUGUUUUAAGAAACAGCAGGAGCAGAUGAAGUUACUGUAAAUGCACUGUACAAAUAACGUGUGUUUUGACAGUGUAGAUAGAGUUAAUCCUUUACAGUUUUGUCAUGUAAAUGUGUCAUUGAAAUGUUUUUAUCAGUUUUUUACCUCUUUGAGUUUCAAACAAUAAGAUUAUUUGACAGUAAUAUGAACAAAGUUUAGCUAAAAUGAAACUUAAGCUCUUUUAAUCGUUGCCUGAUAAAGUCUAUCUUUUUUACAGUGCUGAAUACACUCCUCUGUGGUUUGGCUAAAGGUAACUCAAUUUUUCUUUAUUUAGAAAAAUACCUUUUCCUACUUUCUUGACCUGGACAAUCACCUUUAAUCACAACUUUAACUCUUUUCUUGACUCUUGACUUUUCAUGUUUUUACAGCUCAGUAUUUCCGUUUGCUCUAUGCAUGCACACUGAAUGCUUCACCCAUCUCCUAGAAGAUGAUGCUAUUACAAGUAUUUCUAAUGAUUUUAACAGUAAACAAAAAAUAAGACAACAAUAGUCGGAUGACUUUAAGUGCAUCACUUGUUUGUGUUUUUCCCACACUACUGACAGCAGUCUGCCCUAAAUUCAUAAGCCACAGGUUAUGUGAAGCACCACAGUUAGAGUUAAGCAUAAGUAUAAGCCACUGAAGACAAAAGCAGUUUCACACUUUUAAUAAAUGAUUAUUUUCUCUAAGAUUCUAAAAGUUUUAUAAUCCAACUUUGAAUUCUUGCUGCUCAAAGCUGAAGUUUUUUUUUUCUAGACUUCUGUUAUUUUUUUAUUUCUCUUCAACGUCAGCUAUUUUUAAUACUGCUUUAAAUGUUGUUGUAUUAUCGCAUCAGUGUUGUCAAAGUUGUAUCAAUAAACCCUUUUUUACCUUCUCUGCAGAACAUCAGACAUGAAGAUCUUAUCAAGAAAUAUGAAUGUUAAUUAUUGUUACGUUUUAUGAUUACUUUUUUAAAAUAAUUUUUGUCCUGAUUAAGUAAUCCUGUUUCACACUUUUCUUUGAGGCCAUUAGAUGCAUUAAAGUUGUAUCAUUGAUAUUAUAGUUAAAUUUAUAAACUUUUUUGACUUGUCCUGCAGAAUGAUUAGCAUUAGAAAAAUUAAAAAAGGUUAUGAAAAAGUAUUCAAGUUAAUUAGUUUUUUAAAAUCCUAUUUUUAUACUGAUGGAUUAUUUUCUUGUGUGAACAGAUCCCACUGCUCAUGUUAAAUCCAACUGGUCUCAGGUAUUCUGGGGUGAGGAGGUCACUCUCAGAUGUGAGAUUGAGGGAAGUGGAGACGCUCAGUGGUCGUAUUAUUGGAAUUUUCAGGGGCGAAACUCACAACAUAGACAAAAGGAAUACAUUAUUGACUCAGCCACAAACACUAACAAUGGAAAAUACAGUUGUUUUGGCACACGGGAGUCCCCGUCGCCAAAUAUACAGACAGGCUGGAGUGACAUCUUUAAUCUGACAGUAAUACGUAAGUUGAAUCAUGUUUUCAGUCCUAAAAAUGUUUAAACUGUUUUCCUGUAUUUAAAUUAAACCAUAAACACCUCAAGCUUUUACAAUAAUGAAGGUAUUUGCUGUGAGUUCUGUGACAAGUUUACUUUGGACUUUCAUCAUGGAGACAAAAUAACUGAAAAAGUCACUUACAUGAUUAUUUCGCUUUAUCGGUGUCAUGUUUAAAAAACACUGAUGCUUUUUGGUUGAAUUGUCAUUUUUAAAGAGCUCCUCUAAAUGUAUUUUGUUUUACAUAAAAAGGGUCUGAUAAAGACAUGACCGUUCUUCCUGGAAUUAAAAUAAUGUCCAUGAUAACUCAUUUUUAUUCCACAGUGUGAAUACAUUACAAAUGAAAGACUAAUAAUUCCUUAUUCAUCGGAGCUGCCCUGAAUGAAUCAGAGAACUGAUGAUUGAACUUCUUUGAUUCAAAUUUAACAGCACAAAAACCAAAGGCUGAACUGAGCGCAGACAGCAACUCCUUUCCAAUAGGGAGCGCUGUGACUCUGACCUGCGGUGUGAACCCUGCUUCAUCUGGGUGGAAGUUUUUCUGGCUCAAUGCAGGGAGAACGUCUGAAGAGCCGGUCAGAGAAGGUGCCAGUUACAGUGUCUCACAAGGAGGAGAGUACUGGUGCAGAGGAGCGAGAGGAAACCCUGAUUACCUUACUGAGUACAGUGAAUCCAUCAUUAUCAACAGAAUUUGUGAGUUAAUCUUCAGAUAAAGCAUUUUAAAAUCAUGAAUUUAUGUUUACUGUGGUAGAGAUCUCACUUUUUUAUAUAAUUGUCUUUCAAUGGAAAUCCCUGAUCAUGAACAGCAUCAGAAAGAGCUGCUGUGACUCGAGAACCUGAGUGGUCUGAAAUAUACAGAGGAGAGAGAAUCACCCUCAGAUGUGAAAUUAACUAUGAAGGAGGUAUUCAGUGGGAUUAUGAAUGGAAGACAACUGGUUGGAAUACAUUUACAAAGCAGAGCAAGAAUGCUGUGAUCAGUGGUACUGUUGAGAGUGGUGGGACCUACAAGUGUAAGGGGAGAUACAAAACUGAUCGGUACACCUCAACAGAAUGGAGUGAUCCACUCACACUGAGAGUAUCAGGUAAGAUGGAGACCUUUUUUUAUUGUUAUUGAAAUUGUGUUUUUUGACUUAUGCCCAGCGUCAUAAAUGAUCAGGUCGUUUUUAUGGGUUUAUAUGUAACGGUAGCUCUGAAAUUAAUCUUCGCAUGUCCUUUUUUUUCCUCAAUCAAACAGCACAAAAACCAAAGGCUGUACUGAGGUCUGAUAACACAAACAUCCCAGCAGGGGGCAGCGUGACCCUGACCUGCUCUGUGACUCCUUCAGCUGGUUGGAAAUUGGAGUUUUGGUUCCUGCAGGAUGGAACGUCUCAAGUCCUGACAACAAGUGACAUUAGCUCUGAUAGAGAAAUCCAAGUCUCAGAUGUGGGAUUCUAUUGGUGCAGAGGAACGAGAGGAAAUCCACCUUUUGUCACAGAGGACAGUGAAAGGAUCAACAUCAACAAGAUCAGUAAGUCUGGAGUUUUUGACAUUUUCAAGUCUGGAUUUGAAGUUGAUCUUUAUUUUCCUCCACUGUGAAUUCUUGAAAUUUAACAGAUGCCAACAAGACUGUCGUGACUCUGAACCCAAACUGGUCUAAAAUCGACUCUGGAGAGACGAUCACUCUGAGAUGUGGCAUGAAAGGUGGAGAAGAUACUGAGUGGGAGUAUGAGUGGAAAACAACCAGCUCCAUCAAACCUGAUAAACAAAAGGAAUACAGAAUACUAUCUGCAUAUUCAGCCCUCAGUGGAGACUAUCAGUGUAGGGGCAGGAAAAAAAGUGACAAGUCUUUGACAGAUUGGAGUGAUCCUGUUACUUUAACAGUAGAACUCUGUAAGUCACGUUUCUUUCUCUGUUGCUUUAUUGAUAAAGGUUUUAAUUUGUUGUGUUAAAAGUUCAUCUUUCAGGUUAUUUGAUGGUUUCUCAAAAAACUUUUUCCCAACAGCUAAACCAAAGCCUGUCCUGACUGUGUCUCCAUCAUGGCUGAGUCCUGGAGACUCAGUGACUCUGAACUGUGAGGUUGAACACCCAUCAGCAGGAUGGAGGUUCAUCUUUUAUAAAGCUGUUCCGAAACUACCAGGAAACUCCUACGACCUUGAGCCUCUGUCUGGGAGCAUCAAAGGGACUGAAGAGAAUUCUUACAUUGUUGAUGGUCAGACACACACAGCAGGAUAUGUGUGCAGAGCUGGAAGAGGAGAUCCAGUGUCUUACACUGAAGAAAGUGACCCAAAGUUUGUCUGGUCUGGAGGUCAGUUUGUUUUUGCAUUAAUUUUUUUGAGGAAAUAAUCAUUUUUUUAUUUAAUCAACAAACUGUCCCAUAAGAAGUGAGAGACAUGAUUGAUCCUGACGACUUUAUGAACUUCCAUCCUAAAACAGCAUGAAGUCAAAAAUCCCGCUGUUUGAUUUGAUUUCUAUUUUUAAAAUAUUUUCUGUGUUCUCUUUGUUUUUCCAGAUUUUCACCCAUCAGCAUCUCUCAAAGUGAUUCCUGACAAAGUGCAACACCUCCUGUCUGACUCAGUCUCACUGCGCUGUGAGGGAAACUCAACUCAGUGGAGAGUGCGGACUUUUGUGAAGGAAAACAUCCUGAUAAGCUGCUCUGAUAGGUGGAAAAAGGUUGAGUCUUUCUGCAUAAUCCACAGUCACAGCCCCACCAACAGUGUGUUCUGGUGUGAGUCUGAAACAGGAGAGUACAGCAACGCUGUCAACAUUACCAAACUGAGUAUGGUUUAUUACAUUUUCUUCUUGUUGAAUUUGAAUUCAUUGAUAGGAUUUUCCUAAAGGUGUAGUUAUUGGCAUUAAAAUACAUGUUGGUUUAUAAGAUCCUGAAGAGACUACUUAGUGGGGUGUCCACAUUAAAAAAAAGAGCAGCUGAUAUUCUUGUUUUGGUGUAUCGUAAUGAAACUGUAAGAUCUAUCCUCUUCAUUCUGUGUCUGUUUACCUGAUCUUUGACUAACACCUCUUGACUUUGUUUGUUUUACAGGUAACGAUAUCAUCUUGGAGAGUCCUGUCCAUCCUGUGACUGAAGGAAACUCUGUUCGUUUAAGCUGCAACUUGAGAAGCAGCGAUACGACUUCUCCUGUAUUUUUUUAUCACAAUGACAAAGUCAUGCAGAAAGACUCCAGAAGUGAGCUACAUAUCUCAGCAGUGUCAAAGUCUGACAAAGGCUUUUACAAGUGUCAAAUCUCCGGAGAGGAGUCAGCACAGAGUUGGAUGUCAGUUAAAGGUGGGUGACUUUUUUUCUCUAUAAACAGUUUCUGUCUGAGAGAGUCCAGUAUUUGUGGUAUUGCUACUUUUUUAUAUAUUUUUUAAUUGGUAAAAAUAGUGGUUCUUAAUGUAAAAGACAUGCACUAAUCUAGGGGAUAAUCUUUUUGAGUAGUUGGCGCCUUAUUCUGGACACUCACAACAUACAGUCAAUGAAAAAGAAAUAUAGUGAGGCCCAUUGCUGAUCCUUUUUUAAAUCUCGAUAUAUCAGUCAGUACUAUUUCUCCAGAACAAAGUUAAAAAAUGUAUCACUUUAAGAAAAUUAAUUUCUAGGUUUUUGUCACUUUUUUUUACUCCAGCGGUGCCCGGUUCUGAGAACUCUCCAUUUCAAGUGAUCGUCGUGGUUGUUGGGCUGAUCUGUGGGAUCAUCAUUAUGACUCUCUUGGUUUUCAUUUAUUGCCACAAACGGUUUUCAUGCCUCAGAAGGUUGGUCCAACUCUCUCUUGUGUUAUUUUUAAACAUAACAGCAAAAUAUUCUGUAUUUGAUGUUCCUACACGUGACAUAUUUUGACUCUGUAGCUCAGUCCAGUCUGAAAGCACCAACAAUGACGUUUCCAUGAGUCCCGUAGUUGAUCAGAGUGACAAUCAACAGGAUCACUACAGUACUCUACUCCAUGGUGAGCAUGUGAUCUUGAUUUUGUGUACUAAGUCCAGUAUGAAUCCAUUAUAAGUAACUUAAGACUUGGAGACCUUGAAUGUACCACAUAUGUGACUUUGACUUGAUUUUUGCUGCUCUGUAGGUGAUUCUUCUGUCUAUGAAAGACUGAGAGUCUCUGAAAACAUCACAGCUGGUAAAAUAUUGUCUAUUACAGUAUACUGCUGUAUAAGCAUUUUACUCAAGUUUAAUUUCUUUGCAUGUGCAUUUUGCAAGACAAAUAAUGUUUAAAUGCAAAAAAAAUUGACGAACAAAUGAUUUCUAUUGCUGAAAGGUGACGCUCAUGUCUAUGAAUCAAUUAACGGCUCUGUGGACUAUCAAAAUGGUACAGUAAACGCAUUUGAUUUACAUGCUCUCUAAAAGAAGUAGUUGUAUAUAAACAGUUUACAACAGUGAGGCUAGCUACCAGCCUUUAUUAGAGAGCAUUUUUAAUUAUGAAAACAAGCUUGAUUGUGUUCUUGUUUCUUGUUUCAAACCUACACUUUUUAAAGCUCCUGUGAGAAACUUUUAGUUUGUGUCAGUUUUGGCGCCCCUUGUGACUAAAGCAUUUGUCCUCGACAUGCUUUAGUCGUGUCUUCUGAAAAAGAAAUGAGACCCUGUUGAUUAAGAAAGUCAAAUGUAUUUUCUUUAGAGGUUACACUCAGACUUACCCCCUCAUAGGCAUAAAAAUUACAGUGUAAUUAAUCUUUUUUUUUAAGGUACCAAUUAUUUCAGUAUCAGCUUUUGUGCUCAAGGUUUUAACUUUUUGUGUUUUUCUUCCAGAUCCAGGAAGACGCUGAUUUGAAAACAAAAAAAACUUUCCUCAGGACUGUUUUGUAUUUUGUCUCAGUGUAUCAAACUGUGCUUUUUACAAUUUUAAUGUCAUCCACUUCCUUAAGAUUAAGUGUAAAGGAUAAUAUAAUUAUUGUUGUUAAUAUUGUUUUUGUUAUUUAAUUUGAUUGUUUUGUUGAUAUUUGUAUCUUUUCACAUUUUCUACUUUGAUACUGAAGAGUUUAGCUCACCUAUUAAAAUCAACUCAGUUUGUAUUUCUGUCCUGUAAUAUUUUGAACUAAGAAUUAUACCUGUUUUUUUUUUAUGAAAAAUUAUUAUUAUUAAUGUGAGCAUCAUCAGUCACUCCUUAUUGUAUUCAAUGUCCCAUAGAUACUCAAAUUCUAAUAAAUGACAAACUGAUACUGGUUGGUGCUCGUGGCUUUGACUGAGCUGUGAGAAUUAUUUUCUAUUUUUCAUGAUUGUGUUAUUUUAUAUGGCAUUUCUACUCAUACCUACCUUUACUGUUGUGUAAAUAUGAGAUGAAUUACAUGAACAAAUGUGCAUUUAAAUUGAAAUUAAAGCUUAUAUUGUAGUUCUGUCUCCUAUUAACUGCACAGCUUGUCCUCAAAUGAAAUCUAACUUUAUUUAUAUAGCACAUUUCAUGCAAAAAGAAAUGCAACAACCCCCACCGAGACCCCACCCCAGCAUACACAUACGCACGCAUACACAGCCAGGUCAGGAAAUGUCAGAAGGCUGACUGCACUAGAGGCUGCUCACGGCACAGGGCUGUGACACCUUCACCAGGGCGCGCACCCCGUUUCAGGCCAGUAAGGGGCCCACAGCAGCAAGCACUGCUGCAGACCACCACCUGGCCGAGCUGAGUGCACACCCUGAGGCAGAGAAAUCCCAGACAGAGCCAGUCACAGCCCCCAGUGCAGGUGGCCACCACUGAGGAAACACUGGAGAAACGCAAUAAAAACAUAAACUACAUUGGCUAAGAACAUCAAACAUCAAGACUUAAAAAGUAAUAUUCAAAGGUAAGAGCAGCAGUUAUUCCUUUUGUAUACUUCCUGAUGUUGUAAGUUACUAUGCUGAUUAUUCUUCGACCGCAGUGACAUGUCACACCUCUGUGAAACACCCCCCACCCUGAGAGCAGAGCUGCUAAUUCAGGAAGUGGUCAGUCAGGCUGUACCAAGUGCCUCCUUUAUGAAAGGGGGGCUGCCAUCAUUUGACUAGAGAUAUUUUUAUACCCUGUAGAAGAUCGAAGUGUUGUGGUGCUAAACUCGUGCUUAAUCAUGACGUGUGAACUUAAAAUCGUGUGGUGAAAAACUGUGGAGUUUGAGCUUACUUUAAAAGAUGAACAGCAACUGUGGUUGUUGGAAACCACCCUAAGCUAUUUGGUCGAUGAUGUCAACAUGCAGAAAUAGGUUACAGCCAGAAAUGAUUAAAAAAAGGAAGAAAGGUUGAAGAGGAAAUGAGACAAGAUCUUGGAUCAGUAUUUGAGAAAGAAAGAGUAAAAAGAUGGUAGAGGAGCUUCUUCUUACUCCCGUGAAUGAAGUCAUUCAUUUAAUCAACAGUUGGUCUUUUUUUUGUCUCAGGCUGCAAAUCUGUUGAAAACUGUGAAAACUCUUCUAUGAUCUUUGCCAAAAUCUUACGGUGUCUUUACUUUAGAUUAAUUAUUAUCUAGUGCAGCUCAAGCAGCAGUUACAGUGAUAUCUGACUACUUCUAAGUCCCUUUCAGGCCUCCACAUGUAGACAGGUACAUAAUGGAUCCCAGACAGAUUAGAAAUGUAAACUACCGACUUUUUCAUGAACACAUGUGGUCCUCUUGUUCAAAGACAUAUUAUUACCAAAGUUUUCCUUAUUAAGUUUAAAGAAGAGCAUAAAAGUUUUUAUUUUGGUGCAUGUGUGAAAUUAUUCAUAUCUGUGACUCACACAUUUCAAAAACAAAGUUCAGACAUUGAGCACAGCAUGUACCAGCAAACACUUGAUCAAGAGGUAAUUGACAUGAAAUAAAAUGGUCACAGGAUUUGUUAUUGUGCACUAAUUGUUGUUUUUCUUCCAAGAGUAAACCUUUUUGUCCCUCCAGACCGUCUUUUUCAUUCAGCAGCACACGGGAAGUACAAACGCAACAGAUUUGCCACGGUUUGAGCUGCAGCUCAGCCUCGGUGUGAAAAGGGAAGGAAGAAGAGAGGAAGGAGAAGCUUCUGAGAAAUUUUGGUUCGCACAGUUUGAAGAAGAGUAUCAUGUCUUUCUUCUCUUUUUCUGUCACGUUAUUAUUAAUUCAAAGUGGACGUUUACUUUAGAAGGAAAGCAGUAGGGUGUUGGAGGCAGUUGUGGAUGCGAGGAUGAGUCAAACCUUACGCUGUGUGCUGAGCUUUUUCAGUGAGUAGAUAAUUACUUUUCUCUUUUGUGACUUUCAGAGGGAGAGUCAUGUUUCUGUGAACAAGGUGGUGUUUGGGGAAGGAAAUCCACUUGUUUUAAGAAACAGCAGGAGCAGAUGAAGUUACUGUAAAUGCACUGUACAGAUAACGUGUGUUUUGACAGUGUAUAUAGAGUUAAUCCUUUACAGUUUUGUCAUGUAAAUGUGUCAUAUUGAAAUGUUUCAUCAGUUUUUUACCUCUUUGAGUUUCAAACAAUAAGAUUAUUUGACAGUAAUAUGAACAAAGUUUAGCUAAAAUGAAACUUAAGCUUGAUUGAAACACUUUUAAUUGUUGCCUGAUGACGUCUCUAUCUUUUUUAUAGUGCUGAAUACACUCCUCUGUGGUUUGGCUCAAGGUAACUCAAUUUUUCUUUAUUUAGAAAAAUACCUUUUCUACCUUCUUGACCUGGACAAUCACCUUUAAUCACAACUUUAACUCUUUUCUUGACUUUUCAUGUUAUUUACAGCUCAGUAUUUCCGUUUGCUCUAUGCAUGCACACCGAAUGCUUCACCCAUCUCCUAGAAGAUUAACUAACCAGAAUAUUGAUGCAAUUACAAGUAUUUCUGAUGAUUUUAACAGUAAACAAAUAAGACAACAACAAUAGUCGGAUGACUUUAAGUGCAUCACUUGUUUGAUGUCUUUCCCACACUACUGACAGCACCCUGCCCUAAAUUCAUAAGUAUAAGCCACUGAAGACAAAAGCGGUUUCACACUUUAAAUAAAUGAUUAUUUUCUCUAAGAUUCUAAAGGUUUUAUAAUCCAACUUUGAAUUCUUGCUGCUGAAAGCUGAUUUUUUUUUUUUCUAGACUUUUUUUGUCUAUUUUUUAUUUCUCCUCAACAUCAGCUACUUUUAAUACUGCUUUAAACUCUGUUGUAUUAUUGCGUCAAUGCUGUCAAAGUUGUAUCCAUAAACUCUUUUUUACUUUAUCUGCAGAACAAUAGACAUGAAGAUCUUAUCAAGAAAUAUGAAUGUUAAUUAUUAUUACGUUUUGUGAUUACUUUUUUAAAAUCAUUUUUAUCCUGAUUAAGUAAUCCUGUUUCACACUUUUCUUUGAGGUCAUUAGAUGCAUUAAAGUUGUAGCAUUGAUAUUAUAGUUAAAUUUACAAACUUUUUUGACUUGUCCUGCAGAAUAAUUAGCAUCAGAAUAAUUAAAAUAGGUUAUGAAAAAGUAUUCAAGUUAAUUAGUUUUUUAAAAUCCUGUUUUCAUACUGAUUGAUUUUUUUUUGUGUGUGUGUGUGUGAACAGAUCACACUGCUCAUGUGACCCUUAAAUCCAACUGGUCUCAGGUAUUCAAGGGUGAGAAGGUCACUCUCAGAUGUGAGAUUAAGGGAAGUGGAGACGCUCAGUGGACGUAUCGUUGGGGUUUUCGAGGGCAAAACACACAAGAGAAUCAAGAGGAAUACAUUAUUGACUCAGCCACAAGCGCUUACAAUGGAGCAUACACAUGUAUUGGCAUACAGGAGUCCCCUUCACCAGUUAUAGAUACAGAGUGGAGUGACUUCUUCCAGCUGACAGUAAUACGUAAGUUGAAUUAUGUUUUCAGUCCUAAAAAUGUUUAAACUGUUUUCCUGUAUUUAAAUUAAACCAUAAACACUUCCUGCUUGUACCAUAAUGAAGGUAUUUACUGUGAGUUCUGUGACAAGUUUACUUUGGACUUUCAUCAUGAAGACAAAAUAACUGAAAAAGUCACAUGAUUAUUUCACUUCACCGGUGUCAUGUUUUAAAAACACUGAUGCUUUUUGGUUGAAUUGUCGUUUUUAAAGAGCUCCUCUAAAUGUAUUUUGUUUUACAUAAAAAGGGUCAGAUAAAGACAUGACCGUUCUUCGUGGAAUUAAAAUAAUGUCCAUGAUAAUUAAUUUUUAUGCCACACUAAGAAUGCAUUACAAAUGAAAGUCUGACAAUUCUUCAUUGAAAGCUGCUCUGAAUGAAUCAGAGAACUGAUGAUUAAACUUCUUUGAUUCAAAUUAAACAGCAGACAAACCAAAGGCUGAACUGAGUGCAGACAGCAACUCCUUUCCAAUAGGAGGCGCUGUGACUCUGACCUGCAGUGUGAACCCUCCUUCAUCUGGGUGGAAGUUUUUCUGGUACAGAGCAGAGAGAACAUCUGAAGAGCAGGUCACACAAGUUUCCAGCUACAGUGUCUCACAAGGAGGAGAGUACAGGUGCAGAGGAGCGAGAGGAAACCCUGAUUACUUUACUGAGUACAGUGAAUCCAUCAUUAUCAACACAAUUUGUGAGUAAAUCAUCAGAUAAAGCAUUUUAAAAUCAUGAAUUAAUGUUUAUUGUGGUAGAGAUCUAACUUCGUUUUUUAUAUCAUUGUCUUUCAAUGGAAAUCCCUGAUCAUGAACAGCACCAAAAAGAGCUGCUGUGACUCAAGAACCUGAGUGGUCUGAAAUAUACAAAGGAGAGAGAAUCACCCUCAGAUGUGAAAUUAAGUAUGGAGGAAGUAUUCAGUGGGAUUAUGAAUGGGAGACAACUGGUGUGAAUACAUUUACAAAGCAGAGCACGGAUGCUGUGAUCAGUGGUAUUGUUGAGAGUGGUGGGACCUACAAGUGUAAGGGGAGAUACAAAACUGAUCGGUACACCUCAACAGAAUGGAGUGAUCCACUCAGACUGAGAGUAUCAGGUAAGAUGGAAACUUUUUUGUCGUUAUUGAAGUUGUGUUUUUUGACAUUACUGAAGGUUUUUUUUUUUUUUUUUUUUAACUUUAAAACAGCUUUCAUGAAUGAUCUUGUUGUUUUUACAGGGUUUGUAUGUAACAGUACCUCUGAAAAUUAAUCUUUACAUGUCCUUUUUUUUCUCAAUCAAACAGCACAAAAACCAAAGGCUGAUCAGAGGGCUGAUAACAGAAACAUCCCAGCAGGGGGCAGUGUGACUCUGACCUGCUCUGUGACUCCUUCAGCUGGUUGGAAAUACGAGUUUCAGUUCCAACAGGAUGGAAUGUCCAAACUCCUGACACAAAGUGACAUUAGCUCUGAUGGAGAAAUCCAAGUCUCAGAUGAGGGACUCUAUUGGUGCAGAGGAACGAGAGGAAAUCCACCUUUUGUCACAAAGGACAGUGAAAGGAUCAACAUCAACAAGAUCAGUGAGUCUGGAGUUUUUGACAUUUUCAAGUCUGGAUUUAAGGUUUAUCUUCAUUUUCCUUCACUGUGAAUUCUUGAAAUUUAACAGAUGAAAACAAGGCUGUUGUGACUCAGAACCCAAACUGGUCUAAAAUCUAUUCUGGAGAGACGAUCACCCUGAGAUGUGACAUUAAAGGUGGAGAAGAUACCGAGUGGGAGUAUGAGUGGAAAACAACCAGCUCAAGCUCCUUUCAGCCUGAUAAACAAAAGGAAUACAGAAUACAACCUGCAUAUUCAUCCAACAGUGGAGACUAUCAGUGUAGGGGCAGGAAAAAAAGUGACAAGUCUUUGACAGAUUGGAGUGAUCCUGUUACUUUAACAGUAGAAUACCGUAAGUCAAGUUUCUUUCUCUGUUGCUUUAUUGAUAAAGGUUUUAAUUUGUUGUGUUAAAAGUUCAUCUUUCAGGUUAUUUGUUGUUUUCCUCAAAAAACUUUUUUCCAACAGCUAAACCAAAGCCUGUCCUGACUGUGUCUCCAUCAUGGCUGAGUCCUGGAGACUCAGUAACUCUGAACUGUGAGGUUGAACACCCAUCAUCAGGAUGGAGGUUCAUCUUUUAUAAAGCUGUUCCUAAACUAUCAGGAAACUCCUACAACUUUGAGCUGCUGUCUGGGAGCAUCAAUGGGACUGAAGAGAAUUCUUACAUUGUUGAUGGUCAGACACACACAGCAGGAUAUAUGUGCAGAGCUGGAAGAGGAGAUCCAGUGUCUUACACUCAGGACAGUGACCCAAAGUUUGCCUGGUCUGGAGGUCAGUUUGUUUUUGCAUUUAUCUUUUUGAGGAAAUAAUCUUUUUUUUAAAAUUUGAUCAACAAACUGUCCCAUAAGAAGUGAGAGACAUGAUUGAUCCUGAUGACUUUAUGAACUUCCCUCCUAAAACAGCAUGAAGUCAAAAAUCCCGCUGUUUGAUUUGAUGUCUUUUUAAACAUUUCCUGUUGUCUUUGUUUUUUCCAGAUUUUCAUCCAUCAGCAUCUCUCAAAGUGAUUCCUGACAAAGUGCAACACUUUGUCUCACUGCACUCAGUCUCACUGUACUGUGAGGGAAACUCGACUCAGUGGAGAGUGAGGAUGUUUCCAAAGGAAGAAAUCCUGAGAAGCUGCCCUGACUGGUGGAAAAAGUCUGUGUCUUUAUGCACAAUCCCCAGUUACAGCUCCGCUAACAGUGUGUUCUGGUGUGAGUCUGAAACAGGAGAGUACAGCAACGCAGUCAACAUCACCAAACUGAGUAUGGUUUAUUACAUUUUCUUCUUGUUGAAUUUGAAUUCAUUGAUAGGAUUGUCCUAAAGGUGUAGUUAUUGGCAUUUAAGUACAUGUUAGUUUAUAAGAUCUUGAAGAGACUACUUAUUUGUAGGUUCACAUUAAAAAACAGAGCAGUUGAUAUUCUUGUUUUGGAGUAUCGCAAAGAAAGUAACAUCUAUCCUCUUCAUUCUAUGUAUGUUUACAUUAGGGCUGAAACGAUUACUCGAGUAACUCGAGUAACUCGAUUAAUAAAAUUCCUCGAGGCAAAUUAUAUGCCUCGAGGAAUCGUUUAAAUCCGGAACCAUGUGCAGCGCACGGUGUUUGACACGGACGGUUAUUUCUGUUGCGCAGCAGCGUGCUCUUUCCGCUCCUUCCGCUGCCGCGCGUUUCAUAGACAUAAUAAAAGGGUAGACCCCGCUGGGGGUGCUGCGCAGCGAGAAAUGCGGCCGCCAUCUUGGUCAGGUCAAGCUUCCCAUACGCUCCGGUCAAUCAUAUUCAUUCAUUCAGCGAUGCCGGAGCACUGUGCGGCGUAUUCCUGUGCCAACAGGCGGACAGCAGAGAACAGGGCUCAAGGAAUAACUUUUCACAGUUAUGAUUAAACGUUUUUUAAACAUUACACUUGACUGUAGAGUCAUUUGUAGGCCAAAGAGGAAGACUAUCGGUCAACUCCAAAAAGGAAACAGCAUUUGCGAACAGCUAGCUUAUUCACAAUAAUAGCAACUUUGGUUGAUUAUCAACAGAUUUGCAUUAGAUUGAAAAACUUUUGUUUGAGAGAGGUUCUAAGAAACGUUAAGAAAUAAAAUAGAAAGAAAAAGGAAGAAAGUGAGCUCUGUUUUAUUAUCUGUUUUAUUAAAGAUUUCUUUGUGGUGAUCUCCUGUUUCAUUUUGAAGAUUUCCUAAGGACAAAAACUUGAGGAAGAAGUGGGAGAUUGCUGUUAGAGGGAGAAAUUCGCAGCAAGUGAUUCCUCUGUGCUGUGUAGCCAACAAGCAAAUUGAUAUGUAGCUUAGAUGCUGUCCUGUCAUGCUGUUCUUGUGUUUAAAUCUUUUUGAUAUGUAGGCUAUAUAUUUGUGUGUAUUUUCCAGUUAUUAAAAUAGUGCUUCUAUAUGACAUUAUUUGUGUGUGUCUACAAAUGGAUAAAUAAAAUUAAACUAUAUAAAAAAUUAUAAUCAAAUCAAUAUAUAUUGAAUUGGCCUAUUAAUACCGCCAGUUAUUAAUAAUUAUUGAGACAUAGCAGGAACCUAGCUCUAAACCUAAAUAUAUCCUUGAUUAAUUGUUAUACUAUAAUACAGCCACUGCUGCCAUGUUCUAAAAUAUCAUUUUAUUCAUUCUGAGUAUUUGAAAACGCCAAAAAAAAUAUGGCCUCUAUCAUGCCUCUUUGAAUGGCGUUUGCAGAGAAGAAAAUUACGUAGUAUUGAGCGAACUAUGAUUCAUUUAAUGCGCUCAGACUUCAUUCCGCCGGUUAAACAGCGGUGCAGAGUGAGGCGGAUGACCGGACCAAGAUGGCGGCCGCAUUUCUCGACAGCGCCCAUUCGUGGUAGCGGCCGAUGCGGGGUCUAUCUUUUAUUAUGUCUAUGGCGCGUUUGGUUCAAUCAUGGAGGGAAACGAGGACAGACAGAGAGAGGAAGAAAGAGAUGACACGCAGAGGAAACGGCAGAAAGUGUCUAAAGUGUGGGACCAUUACACACUGAAAAGGAAAGAAAACGCCGUGCAGUGCGUUCACUGUAAGGCGGAGUUGGCGUUUCACAACAGCACGUCGUCAAUGCUGCAGCACCUUAAAAGAAAACACCCGGUCCAUGCAUUAAGUCCGCUCUGAGGCAAACUUGAUUCAAUGCAAAGUAUUACAGUGAGAGCAAAACAUUUCUUAUCCGAUUACUCGAUUAAUCGACAGAUUAAUCGAUAGAGUACUCGAUUACUAAAAUAAUCGAUAGCUGCAGCCCUAGUUUACAUUAUCUUUGACUAACACCUCUUGACUUUGUUUGUUUUACAGGUAACGAUAUCAUCUUGGAGAGUCCUGUCUAUCCUGUGACUGAAGGAAACUCAGUUCGUUUAGGCUGCAACUUGAGAAGCAGCGAUAAGACUUCUCCUGUAUUUUUGUAUCAUAAUGACAAAGUCAUUCAGAAUGACACCAGAAGGGAGCGAAACAUCUCAGCAGUGUCAAAGUCUGACGAAGGCUUUUACAAGUGUCAAAUCUCCGGACAGGAGUCAGCACAGAGUUGGAUGUCAGUUAAAGGUUAGUAGAGAGGAAAUAUUUAUUUACCUGAAAAUUGUGUCAUUUUCAGUUAUUUUCUCUGUUGGUUUAAUAAUAAUGGUUCUCUCUGAACUAAACAGUUCAGCAUCAGUGUGACAGCCCUGAUACAUUAUGAAUGGCUUAUUUUAGAUAUUUACAGUAGCUGCGUUUACAUGGGCACAAAUAAUCAGACAAAAUGCCCGAUUGGAAUAAAAAUGCGUCACGUAAACAUGUUGAUCGGAAGAUUCUGAUCCAAUUCCGCUCAAUCGGAAAGAAAUUGUAUUCUAAUUGAGAGGGGUGGUUUACGCACCCACAGUACAACCUUUCACAGGACAGUAAAAUGAGUGCACAAUGGCGCCAUCUAGUGACAACAUUUAACAGGGUGGAAAACUCCUGAAUUGGAUGGUGUGAGCCACUACCAUGUUUAUUGGUUUGUUGACAGCACAGGCAUAAAUACUACUCUUCUUUGCGGUUGUUUUAGCAAAAUCAGACAACUCUGGGCAUGUCCAAAUGCUUCUAAUCUGAAUUAAGCUUGGUGCAUAUAUACACACGUCAUGAUCAGAUCAUUUGAUUUUGCAUCCAUACAAACAGCUGAUUGAGAUUGACCGAUCCCUUAAAUUUUUAAUUGGAUCAAGAAAUUUUGCCCAUGUAAACAUGGCUAUAUACUGCAUGAAGAAAUGGACAUUAGCGAAUCUUCUAUGUGCAUGAGUGUGGCUGUUUGUGUGUUCCAGAUUUGUUAAAGUUUUCAGAUGUUUUUAAAUGUUAGUUUUUUGGUUUUUGUCUUCACUGUGGCUAAAUCUAACAUGACUCAUCUGAACCCUAUUUUCACAGCUCAAAGAAAAUUUUAUUAAAGUUUGUUAAUAGUUGUGAUUUGUUAUCACUUACAGCAGUGCAUGGGUCUGGCCACUCUGUAUUUCCUGUGAUUUAUGUGGUGGUUGCGCUGAUUUGUGGACUCAUACUUCUAGUUCUUCUUCUGUUUGUAUGUCGCUCCAGACUGGCUAAAAGUGAGACCUUUUUCUUUCAUUAUUAAAUAUUCAAUGUUUUAUACUCUAAUUAUCUCAAAAGCAUUUAUUUACUGUCACUGAGAGUGGUGUGACAAACUUGCAAUAUAAUUUUUGUUUUUUUUUUGCAGGUGCAUGCUGUAUCAGGUGGGAUUGACUCUCUCUUCUCUAAUUUGAAUAUAGCCGUAUCAUCUCAGUGGUCUGCAACAUGUUUUAAAUGUUAUUUAGGUUAACAAAGUCCAAGAAUCAAGAUUCAGCAGUAGAUCAUGAGAGCAGCCAGGUCGGAGCCCAUAACAGUGAACACUCUUCUCCCCCUGCAGGUGAGCAUUCAACUUGAUUAUGUACAGUUAUAUAUGAGCACACACUCAAGAAGAUCCAUUGAAAACAUCUGCAUAUAAUUAAUAUUACACUAAUGACAUUUUCCUGUGGAUUAAUAUCAUCACUCUGCAGGUGACCCCUGCCUGUAUGAUGCAAUCAAAGACUCUGGAAACUCUGCAAAUGGUACAGAUUUCACCUUCCUACAAACAUUCAGACGUCAAACUCUUACUUAAAGUUACAUUUUAGCUUGUAGUUGCCUUUUACUUGGUCAAGCUGGUAGAAAGAUACCAGCCAAAACUAGAUCGUGUAAUUCUAUUAUUGACUCACCUAUCAUUUUGAAAUCAACUUACAUCCCUUCUUUAACCACAAGUGUAAAACUUUGCAGCAUUUGGCAAGUUACAGUGUAGAGGGAAAACUUUCUUCAACACGCAGAAACCUCAAGCAAGACCAGACUCAUGUUAGAUAGUCAUCUGCCACAAUGGCGUUGGAGUUAGAAAGAAGAUAGAGGGGAAAUGCAGAGAGAGAGAGAAAUGAACAGAGGUCUAAACCUAUAACAGCAUAACACAGACCUGAACGUUUAAACCCUACUCUCAAAGGUAGAGAGGAUGUCUGUCUCCCUCAGAUCAGGUUUAGACCCCAUUCUGCUGCUUACAAAGACCCAACACCAAUGCACAUGGUGAAAAAUAUAAAACACUCCAUUUUCUCUUAAUUGGAUGAUUGGCUGAGUUGCUGCAGUGGCAAAGCUAGCAGACUCCAUUCUUAUAGCGACAUGCAGUGUUUCCCCAACAUUCAUUCAGCAGCAGCGCACUGAAAUUUCACAUGAUCCCAAAUAUCAAUGCUCAACUAAUGAUUUCUACGCGCAUUGUAUGAGCACAACAUCACACGCCAUUAUUUUCGACUUGUUUUGAGUCAUUAACAAAUCCUGUCGGACUCUCCUCCAUCAAUGUGAAAGGUAACGUUCAAGCUUUUACACGGACUAUAAAGCGAGUAGCACGGGUAACGAAAUGUAAUGUGAACGUAAAAGCGUAGCUCUUUAAGCGGCAAGAGAGUGGGGGUGACAACGAAAAUCCCCCCCGCUUCGAUAUGACUCUGUACAUUUUAUUUAAUGUUGGCCUAAUACUCUGUAACACUCCAUACCAAUUCAUCUAAAUUUCAGAUGCAGGCCAGUCCCAGGAAGUUACUUAUUCUCUGCUUGAACUUAAAAACCUGGGGCAGAAGGGUGAGUACCUCAAACACACAUUAGGGGAAAGUGGGGUAAGUUGAGCCACCUCCUGUUGCUUGGAAAUGGUGAAAGAAAUUGAUCAUGUGACCAAAUAUUUAGGAGAUGGGCAUGAAUUCAUGGAGUCUGUGAAGGUUAGAAGCACAUGGGUGAAGGGGUUAGACAUUUAUUUUCACUCUUGAAAGUGAAUUUAGUCUGUCAUAAGUUUUAUUAGAAUUGUUUUUCAACCAAAAAAGAUCAUUUUAAAUUUGUUUUAUGCAUCAAUUGUGGUAUCUAUGAGCUACAACAUGAGGUCAAAAACCUAGCAUAAAAGUCCACCAUUUUAGCUCAGAGGGCUAAUAAAGUCAUAAUAGUAGUUCCGGGGUAAGUUGCCUUGCCUUGAUGUAGUGAUCCGGAAUAUCAAAAAUGGCUCAUCUUACCCCACUCUCCCCUAAAUAACAGUAGUGUAUUUCUUGAUGUCGUUUGUGGUUUCAUUUGAUCUUCUCACCAGGGAAGAAAACCGAACCAGCUGAGGACACUGUUUACUCUGAUGUGAAGAUAGGAGCAGCAGGUACAGUCACUUUAAACAGUUAUGCUUAAAGUUAGUAAUGAAAAAAAUAAAAAAUAAAAAAUGCAAUACCAACCAUCUUGCUUUAAAAUUCAUCUCAGCUGGAGCAGUACCUGAGUACUUCCACUAGGUGUCCCUAAUGUAUUUUCCCCUCACAGAAAUAGCAUAAAGCCAUCUGCAUAUUACAAAUGUUCCUACAAACAAAAUCUCAGAUUUACUUUUUGUUUUAGAUGAUAAUGUCACGUACGCCCAAGUUAGCAGCCACAACGCCGAGAAAGGCAACAAAAAGAAAGGUGAGAGACAAAUUAAUGACAUGUUGGCCUUUGACGCAGCAAACUGCACUAAUACAAUCACAGUAUUAUGGAUGUUUCAUCAUCACUUAAAUGUGUUUACCUCCUUUGGUGACUCACUCAGACUUGCUACAACUUUUAAACUUUGAUUCUGAAUAAUAUGACUCUAAUUGAGCUGCUCACUUUUCUACUUUCAGGAAACCCAAAGCCUGCACUGACUGAAGAACCACUUUACUCUGAAGUCAAACUAGGUACAGCUCAAAAUGAUAAAACACUCUUACAUGACUUGCAUUUCAGGCUGCACGAUAUUGAAAAAAACUAACAUUGCAAUUUUUUUCGACCCUGCGAUAUAUAUUGCGAUAUUAAAAAAUACUGGAAUUUUCACCAGGUGAUCUGAAUAGCACUUUAUGUUAUGCUGCACUGCUGAAAUCUUGAGGACGGUUAACCUGCACUUAUCUUACCUCUUUUUGUGAAUGUUAGUAGAAUGGCCUCUGUCUGUCUCAGAGAUAUUUUUAGCUUUUAUUGUGCUGGGACUUGUUAUCUGAUGGAAGACACAGCCGCCACAGAACAGGUGUUUGGUGAUGUCAUCCUUCUUGUAACAGAAAUAAUUACAGAUAAAUGAUGUUGCUUUUCUUUGUACCAACGAGCCUUCAUCUUCGGCUGUUAGUGACGUUGCUUUUCUUUUUACCAACAAGCAUUGAUCUUCGGCGCUAAGCGACGUUGAUUUUGUUUGUACCAACGAGCCUUCAUCUUCAGCGGUUUCCUUUUCAUUUUGCGGUCCUUGAUGUUGUGCCGAGAAACACCGAGGAUUGCAUGCACCUGGCAGAAACGCGCACCGCUUAUAGUAAAGUGGUCCACGGAAAAAUACAAUUUAAAACCCAUACAAUUCUUAUUUGUGGGGCUAAACAGUGAUGAGUUCUGUUCCGACAGUAAUUCUCAGCGGACAAGCGUUUCUCGACACAACACGCGCCAGGACUCACCCCAUGUGUAGGACAUGUGCAGGGGCGUGGUUUCCUCCUUUCUGAUUUUGAUUGAUGGCUGGCAGGCUAGACUGAUUGGCAACUGAGUAAAGAACGAAUGUGAUUGGUGGAUCACUGCACAGCACAUGCAGAGUCACAUGCAGUGUAUCUCAAUAAGCUACUCUUGAAAUUACCCUAUGUUCACACUGCAGGUCAACUCCGAUUUUUUAACCACAGUGCAAUUCUGAUUUUUUCAAAUCCGACCAAGGCCUCUUUUGUAUGUGGAUGUAAAUCAGAAAUGUAUUUGGUGUGACUGCAGUGUGGACAUUUAGGUUGCGUUCAUCCGACCUAUACGUCAUCUAUAUGCGACAAUCACCAUUGUUCAAAAAACACAAACAGGUGCGGAAAGCAAUGGCGGACAAGGGAACGGAACGAUUGACGUGACAGAACGUCAUGUCCUGCUUUGUGCGCAUGUGGGUCACUUCACGGACUCAUUCCAUUGACAUUAGUUGCUGCAUUAGUUGUUGUAAUGUGAAAAACCGCACAAAAAGAUCGGAUUUAACAAAAAAUCUGAAUUGUGCAUCAUAACCUGCAGUGUGAACAUAGCCUUAGAUGAGUUCCUUCACCUCCAACAUGGCAUCGCGAUGACGAUGCUCAAACGAUAUAUCAUGCUGCCCUCCUUGCAUUGCUAAAGUUAGUGAAACAAUGAAGGCGUACUGAGGCUACUUUUGCAGCUGGUGUCCAAUACAGCAACUUCAACAUCUUUGUAAUCUGGUGACAUAAAUUUAAUCUAAAAACAGUUUUUUCAACAACCUGCACUCUUUUUGUCUUUGUUUUUCCUUCAGGUCAUUAAAGGUCAGUUUUGACAAACCAAAGGAGGGGAUUACGACGUGAUAAAUACAUCCUUGCUUGAUGAGCGCUUGCAGCUUUAAUGUGAUAAAAACAUGCGCUACUGAAGUAUCAAACAGUUUAUCUGUUCAGUUUAUGUGAAAAUGUGUUUUUUUUUUUUGUUUUUUUGCUUUUUGCAGAGAUUAAAAUGUAAUUUUUGAGUGGUAGCACUUAUUUUAUAUACUUUUCUUUACUGGCACAGACAUUUUCUUUUGUAAUAUAAAUAUUUGAGAUGCAAUAAAAUAAAAAGUGGAAAUACAAGAACUAGGAUGUGUCCAUAAUCAAUUUUUAUGAAAACAGAGAAGACUCUGAGUCCACAGGUAUAUCUGAAAACCUGAAAAAAAAGGGCUAGAAAGUGUUUUAUAAUGGGAGAUAACGGUAUGAAUUUACUAAGGGUUUCCUGAUACAACUUUUCUACUUCCGAUAUGAUACCGAUAUUGUAGCCUUCAGUAUCUGCUGGUACCGAAAGUUUUGCACUCAGCUGCAUCGUCUUUUUCUGACUUUAACGAAAUAUAGUGGAGUCUAAAAUGGACUGCUUGUAUUGGAGUGCUGACAUCGGAGAUUUUAGAUGCAGGCUGACAUAAUCUGAGAUUUGUUUUUGGUUGAUAUUAGACCAAUAUCCGAUAUCAAUAUCGCAUCGGGACAGCCCCUAGAAUAUACUGCCACACCGGUUUGAAUCAUUGAGUGGAUGGCAAAGGGAGUCAAUAGGGAAACAUAGCCAAACUCUUGGCAGUACAUUAAACACUCCUAAACUUCAGUUCUGUUAUAUUGCAAACCCGAGAACAAGAGUCCAGCUAGAACUAACAAGUCACAGAAAUGUGAACAUCAUCCAAGUAUGAAAACUCUUAAAAAAAAACAAGUCUCUGAAAAGCAGUUGAUUAAGCUUUUGGCCAGUCAUAACAUGCUGUGAGCCUGUAUUCUGGGCAAUCAUGUUGCUGCAAAUUGCGAAACAGCUGUUCAGUUCACUUUAAUGCUGCAACAGUGUGUAAUCUAUCAAAAGUUUAUGGUCAUUUAUUAUUUACCUGUGAGGAUUUUUGUGACUUCCGCAGCAAAGAUAACCACAGCUUACUGUGUCAAACAGAUGAGCGUCAGAGCAGUGAUGACUAAACAGUCUAAAUUAAAACAUCAUCACAACUUUUAGUGUAAAGAGGAACUUUGGCAUGUUCCAUAAAGUCAUGCUGAUAAAAUGUGAGUUUUUUUUUUUUUUUUUUUUAUCUUUGCCCCCUUCUUGGUAUAACAACUUUCGCAACAGGAUGUUAAGCAUUGUAAGCCAAUCAUUUUCUCCACAGAUCAUCAGAACUCAAGUUGUCGUAGCAGGCUGUGCACAUUUCCAAAUUAUCUGAUGACAUUGAUGAAAAAAGGGAAGGAAAGAGACGGCUGCGUAAAGACACAUGAGGUCAUAAACAUAUUAGUGGCAACCACUUCCCACCUUUUUGUAGUCUGUCAUCGGCUUUCAAACUUUAAUGAGGAAAUACUUGACAGAGGCAGUGCUGCUACAGUGCCAGCUGUGAAGAUGGUCCACACUUUGCUCUGUUUGGCAGUGUUUCUCAGUGAGUACAUGACAAUUUUGAUCUUUUUGCAGACACUUUUUAGAGAGUAUUUAGCUGUAAUGUGUAUUUGUAUACUUCUCAAUUUGAGGGCUUGGUCUCUGACAGUGCUUUAUUAAUGUUAAUUAAAUUUGGAUUUGAUUCGAGCUGAUCAAAGUUGAACCGAGACUCUGACUGAUAUUCAGAGUUUUCCUCUCAAUAUGCUGAUUUUAACGGGCUUUUUAUCUGUAUUUCAGCACUGAAUACUCUCCUCCGCCGUGGACGUGCUGAAGGUGAUUGCACAAUUUUCCUCCACUUUUCUGUGGUUUAUUUUGUCAGUGCGUGUGACAUUUUAGUCUGUGUACAAAAACUAAGAGGCAUAUGAUUAAUGACGACCUAACAGCGUUGCACAAAGCUCAUUCUGGCUUGUAAGUCUAGAGCCGCAGUGUACAGUCAGUUCACAGUUAAAGGAGCAUUAAUUGUUCAAAGUCAGUAUUAAUAAAAAUAAUGACUCCAAAGCGCUCAGGCUAAGGUCAAGAAACAAUGAUUACAUAUAGGCCCCAAACAUCUCACCUCUUCAAGUGAAUAUUAUUCCGACACGACCGUAAAAACUGCAUCUAUAAACAACCGUUUAUAUUAAUGUUGAAGGUACAGUGUGUAUAAAAAGGGAAUAUUAAGUGUAUUAAUGCCUCUUGCUCACCACUCCCAUCAGUGAAGUCACGGUGGCCUUCGAGGACAAAAAGCUCCUGUGAUGUAUGAUGAGUGCAAUCCUCCAUUUGUGAAGUUUUAAACCAGCAAAAAGUCUUCAUCUACUUCUGUACCAGCUUAGAACUUGUCUUAUUUUGUUUCAACAGAUAAUCCCAGACCUGUUCUCACUUUGACUCCAUCAUGGCCAAGCCCAGGAGCUCCAGUAACUCUGACCUGCAGUAUGAAUGACUCAGAUCCAAGAUGGAGGUACUACUGGUUCAAGGCUGUUCCCAAACUCGCACAUUAUUACACGCAUGUGCCGCUGAAUGACAGCGCUGGAUCUGAACGGAAUACCUACACUGUUAAAAGUCAGACACACACAGCAGCUUAUGUGUGUAAAGCUAGAAGAGAAGAUGCAGAGAACAUGACUCAGCACAGUAGACCGCAGUUUGUUUGGUCAAGAGGUGAGUGUUUUUUAUUUUACUUUCAGGCUCGGAUGAAUUUACAUGUCGCUUAUUCUUGACCAACUGUUUUUUUUUCCUCCCCAGAUUUUAAUCAAGCAUCAAUCAAAGUGAAUCCUGACAAAGAGCAGCACGAUACCUCAGAGUCCAUCACACUGAGCUGCGAGGGGGACGAUACUCAGUGGAGGGUGAUGCGAUGGACCGAAACAGGCCACUGGUCAAACUGUACCGCCUGGGGUACAAUGAGAGGGUCGACAUGCAGCAUCAAAAACCACACGUUAAAAACGGCGGUGUACUGGUGUGAGUCAGGAUCUGAAAAGUUCAGCAAUGCGGUCAACAUCACUUUUCAACGUGAGUGAAUUUCUGACGUUAUUCUCAAAACUCAGAUAUGAGAAUAAAUGACUCGUUGCAUCUACCGCGGAAACAGGCGUGUGGUGUUCUCCAAGCAUGCGUGAUCUAGCAUUUGCAUUCACACUCGGGACAUUUUCAAGAGUGCUGCUCGUGUGUAAAAGGGGGGGGGCGGUUGAACUUGUGAGUGAGUGUGAUUCAGAGUCUGUAGUUUCACAAAGUAAAAUGUAUUUAAGUGGGAAUAUUUGUUGUGCAACAGUACAGUUCCCUUUAAUCGUCCUGAACACUCGUGAGGAACAUACUUUUACAAAUCAUCCCUUUUUGGUUGUUUUUCUGUUUUAAAAGCCUCCACGUCUAACGGCUCCUCCUCUUCUCUAACGCUGAUCAUCGGACCGGUUUGUGGAGUUUUAACUUUUCUUCUCCUGCUGCUGUUGUGCUGCGUCAUAAAAUCAAAGAGUAAGAUCCUUUUUGGUUGAUUUUUGAUGAAUUACAAACUGUCAAAUGUCAACAAAUGUCUUGAUUUUUUUUUUUUUUUUUUCUUACAGGAACACGCUUAACCGGGUUGGUAAAAUCCCCUUCCCUCUUGCUCUAAAAGUCAAAUAUAUACUCCAAAAUGUAUUUUUACAGCUUCUAACACUGUUUUUGUGUAUUAUACUUUCAGGAUAACAAAGUCUGAGAGAACCAAACAGAGCCCUCCUGCAGAACUAAGUAACCACAAUAAAACUCAGCCCAGUGCGCCAUCCUCCAAUCUCAGAGGUCAGUCUCUCAAAAUAAUCCAGAUAAAGCUUUGAUUCGCUGUAGGAGGCUUUAUCAUUUUAACAAACCCAGUUAAAAUUUAAGGGGAUUAAAAAUCUGUGAAUACUUUUUUUUUCUGCAUUUUUCAGAUUCAAGAUGUUGGAUUAUAAAUCAUAAUCUCCCCUGAAUCUUUGUCUUUUUUUUCUUUUCUACAUUUCAGCCCCAGAUGACUCGGUCGAUGUCACAUACUCUCUGUUAGAGCUUAAAAACAUGAGAGGGCAAGGUAAGUACUCGCUUUACAAGGAGUCUGAUAGUCUAUAAUAAAUUUUAAAAAAACAGUAAAACUUGUCACAGGAGUUUUAAAUACUCAAUAAACUCAGUCCGUGGUGUUUUUGGUGAACGUCUCUAUUUAUAGGGAAGCCUUGUACAGCAGAAUCAGAUGAAACUGUUUAUUCUCAGGUCAAACCAGGGACCCCUUUUGGUAAGAAUCAACCACAAAAUAUUCAUAAAAAUAAUGGAAUUAACAUUUGAACUAACAUUGCACAUUCUCUCUUUCCCUGAUUUUUUUUCAGGUCCAUGA